UAAUCAUUCACGCAACACAAACACACACACAUAUAUAUAUACAGAAAGAAUAUUGCCAUGUGUGGACACGUCAGCGCCGCCGUAGCAUCCGAGAGGUGCCCAUGCGUCGUCGGAUGUUCCGGAGACGUCGUCUUUCCUCCGCCGCCGCAGGAACAGUUCCCCCCACUGCAACUUCUGCUGAACUACCACGAGCUGAUGAUCGACACCUCCACCGCCGAGUUCGAUCUCACCGGUGAAUCAGCGAAGUUUUACUGUUUUUCCGGCGGUUCAGUGAGCGGCUGCGACUCGCCGAGCUCGCUCGGGAGCGGCGGAGAAGGGAAGCAGAGUGCUGCGAGGCAUACGAGUGUGAAUAGCAACGAUGGGUAUCUCAGUAAUUUCAUAUCGGCCCAUGGGCCCACUUUUGAUUCUGGGCCUAUCAGACGGGCCCAUAGCGCCGGAGACGUGCACAGAGUGAAUAAGAAGGGACAGCAGCAACAGGGGAGGAGAGGGGAGAGUGAGCUGUGGAGUGAGAGCAACGCAAUCAUACAGGGAAUGAACAGAACGGCUAAGUACAGCCCCGAGGAGAAGAAGGAGAGGAUUGAGAGGUACAGGAGCAAGAGGAAUCUCAGGAAUUUCAACAAGAGGAUCAAGUAUGAGUGCAGGAAGACACUGGCGGAGGGCAGGGCAAGAGUCAGGGGGAGGUUUGCGAGGAAUUGCGACGAGACCGGAGACAAGAUCGUCGAUGUCUUCGUUCAAGAUUCGGACACUUCUUCCGCCGCUUGGGCCUCUUUUCUUGAUUCUUUCCUCUCCUGAGAAAAUCGGUCUCCCUGUGUGUGUCGUUUGUUAACCCUCGUCGUUUCCAUCUCACUACUCAUAUGCAAGUUUUCCUGUGAUUUCUUUUGUAAAUAAAUAAUAAAAGUAUUGUUAUUGUUAUUAUUAUUAUUAGGACAUGCUAUGUAUUGAAUUCA